GUUUUGUGAAUGGAAGUGUCAACAGCGGGGAGUGGGGACACAAGCCUCUCAAAUAUCGAUUUCCAGGUCAGACUAGCUGCUGAGCCCCAGGAUUUCGCUCUGAGAUGGGGGACGACCGGCCUUUUGUGUGCACUGCCCCUGGAUGUGGACAGAGAUUCACAAAUGAGGACCACCUCUCAGUUCACAAACACAAACAUGAAAUGACGUUAAAAUUUGGCCCAGCCCGAACAGACUCUGUCAUCAUCGCAGACCAAACACCAACUCCCACACGUUUCCUGAAAAACUGUGAAGAGGUCGGAUUAUUCAACGAACUGGCCACUUCGUUUGAGCAGGAGUUCACCAAGACACAGGACGAGGAGCACAGGACAAAAGCCAUGCCUGCUCCUUUACAAACCCCGUCAGACGUCAAAGAUGAAGAUGACAGCCCGCUACAGGUGGAUUCUUCUGCUCCAGGAAGCCCAGACUCCUCAUCCAGUAUGUCCGACAGCUCUAGAGGCACCAAGGAAAUAAUCCAAAAGCCGGUGGUCUCCUCCGCUCCCACACCGACCAUCGUGCGCCCUGGGUCUCUCCCUCUUCAUCUGAGCAGUGAGCACUUCCAACCCACCCUGCCCUCUCCCACCUCCGUCAUCACACAAGCACCGCCCUCCAAUCGGCAGCUAGGGUCACCAACCAGUGCUUAUCCGCUCAUGAGGCACCUCCCCAACGGACAGACUGUUCCUCUCCUGCCCAGCCCACAGAUGACCUCAGUUAUAUCUUUGGCUCGGCCUGCCACCUCGGUGCCUAAUAUCCCUGGGAUCCCCGGGCCUCCAGUCGGAGGAGGCAGCAGCGGCUCAUCCUCUCCGUCUGGAUACAGCCUGCACUCAGAGACCAAGAUGAGGUUAAAGGCUGCUCUGAGUCACCAGAGCUCUGGGUCAGAUGGAGGAUCGAUCCCAGCUGUGCCCCAAAGACAGGAACAAAGCCAACAGCCCAGCCAGAACUCAGACGCCCCCUCACCCGCACAGCCACAGGUAUCACCUGCUCAGCCCACUGGGGGGCGCCGGCGUCGUGCCUCAGAGAUGGACCCGGACGAGAGGAGGCAGCGCUUCCUGGAGAGAAACAGAGCAGCAGCUUCACGAUGUCGACAGAAACGGAAAUUGUGGGUGAACUCUCUGGAGAAGAAAGCUGAGGACCUGGCCUCUAUGAACGUGUCUCUAACGAAUGAAGUGACUCUCCUGAGGAACGAGGUGGCUCAGCUCAAACAGCUGCUGUUGGCUCAUAAAGACUGUCCAGUGACGCUAAUGCAGAAGAAGGCUGCUAUGUUAGCUGCAGGCGGAGCAGAGGACUCGGAGCCGGUCGGAUCUCCAGCCGCUGUGAUCCAACACGGCCCCUCGCCCCCUGUCCCCGCCCCCUCACCCCCUAUCUCCGCGCCCUCCAUCAACGGCAUGAGCGUGCGGGCUGCCGAGGCCGUGGCUAUACUGGCUGGGAUGGGCUCCGGGCAACCAGCGGGCGUUCUAAUGUCGACGCACUCUCCCUCCUCUGCCCCGAGAUGAUUGGUCCAUGCCGGUAGUGGAACUGAAACUCAAGGAGGGCAAGAAGGGCAAAAAUGUGUUCAAUAAAUAACAUAAGGGACCUAUCCUUUAAUUUAAGACACACAAACACAGUGCCUCCACCUCCUCCUCGUCCCGAAAACUCCACACAUCUGCAUUUGUAAAUUCAGAAAUCUGCAUUGUACAUUUGCGCUUCUGAGGCCGGGCCUUCGUCUUACCGGCUCGUCCUGAAAUGGAAUAGUGUAACUGUUCAUAAUUUGUUCUCAUUUCUCUUUUUUAAAAUGCAGCUUUAUUUGUCUGUUCACUCAAAGCCUGGUCAGCCAUUCCCAAAAUUGCUUUCAUACGUCUAUAUCAGUGACAUAGUGUUGUAACGGUUAGUGCUUGUGCCUCGCAACAAGAAGGUCCCAGGUUCAAUUCUAGUCUUCUGUGUAGACUAUAGAGUUUGCGUGUGUCUACAAAGGUUUCCCCUAAAAACAAAUAGGGUCUCCUCUAGGGACGGACUCCUGUAAAAGAGACUGUGAAUCUCAGUGAGAGUCUCCUCCUGGUUAUUUAACGGUUAGUCCUAUUUUUUUUUUUUUUUUUAUCAAAUUUUGUUCUCUGGACUGUCCCCUAAACUUAUUUCUAGAGCACAAUUUGUACAAAAAAUUGCCAAAUUUCUUUCUGAUCCUGGUCCCGCUGAUUACUCGCAUCAGAUUUUGUGGUUUGCAUUUGAUUUAAAUAAUCUUAAAGGUCUCGAAAUCAGAUUAUUAUUUUUUUUUAGCCUUUAUUUUUUAUUAAACCGUAUCAAAUCAAUUCGAAAAACACAACCGGUCAAAAGUUUUAGAACACACUUUUUCCAGUUUUUCAGUUCAGAGAUUCAGUUUAUUGCAUUCUGAAAUGAAAGCAUAGAACAAAUAAGCAAUUUGAGUUGAAAAAGAAAUGAUGUGUUCAGAUAUAACAGCUGAACACACUCGUGGCAUUCUUUCUACAGUAAAAAUAUUCUUCAGAAUGUUCUUCCCAAGUCUGUUGCAGAAGUUCCCAUAAAUGUGUGGCACCUGUAGGUUGCUUCACUCUUCUGUCCAGGUCUUUUUUUUUUUUAGAAAUCAGAUUAUAAUCAGAUUUGGUGUGCAUGUGAACAUAACCACAUCACCACACUGUAGAAAAUCUGCUGUUUCCCAAGCCCCAAAACUCCACGCUACAAAAUCAGCGAUGUCCAGGUACGGGGUGAUGAGAUGCAAGACCCUAUAUUUACCACAACACAUUAUAAUCACAUAGACAAACCUUAUUGAUACUUUGCAGUAACGUAACGCUGUGGCUCUACUAUGGACAAAUAUUUAACAGGUGACACAAUGCGCACAUGAAACACACAAACACACCCUGACAGGUUUUGAUACUGUCUGAAAACUCAAGAAAAAGUACAAAAUUAAUUUAUACGAACAUUCACAGUUCCAUUUAGGUGUGAAAGAGCUCGUGACUAUAAUGUGAUUUGAGUUGAAUGCGUUUAACAGCACAAAUCAGCUCACCUGUUGUACUUCCAAGUGACUAAGCCUUUUCUGAUCAGAUUGCACAAAAACAAAGAUAAGAUUAAAGUCUAACUUGAGUAAGAGAGCUCUAGUUAUCCUCACACUCCCAAGGAAUGUUGACGACACCAGCUGCAAAGUAUCAAUUGGUCCAUUAGGGAAAUUGUUCAGACACAGUAGCUCAGAAAUACAUAAUUAAACCCAUGUUGGUAACCCGUAUUUAACCCUCACGUUGUUGCGUAGAACACAGACCAAAAUGGCUGAUCAGGCUCGGGUGUCUCUUGCCCAUGACACGGUUCAGUACUUCCCAGUGGCUUCUCUAUACUGUGUAAUAUAUCGUGUAAAUACUAUGUAAGAAAAGAUUUUAAAGACAUUGAUUGUUCAUAUUUGCAGUUAAGAUCGCACUGGGGGGUAUGUUGAAUACUCUGUUUACUUUUUGUUGUUGUUUUUAAAGGUGUAUUAUGUAACGUCACUGAUAUGGGGUAUGCUUCGUACUCGUCUCCAUGGAGAUGUGAUUGCUUUGUUCUGAAUGUUUCACAGUAUGGCAUUAAAGGUUUUGUACUAGAUUUU